AUGCGUAAAACAAAACUUAGGGCCAAAAGUAGAGACGGAGAAGACUUAUUUGGGCGUCGCAAUAACCUGCAACCUGGAGUUGCAGGUUAUUGCGACGUGAAGGGAAAAACACUAGCUGUAAAGAGGACUUUUUCAUCGCUGGACGCAGGCCAAGUAGAACACCGCAUCAUCAACUUUGAAAUCAUGAAGAUCAUUGGUGUUGCCUUGAUCGCCCUUCUCGUUGCUGGAGCGUUUAUUACUUCCAGGGCACAAAGGGAAGAAAAGCAAGUGGCUCACGUUCGAGUUCGACGCGGUUUUGGAUGUCCCUUCGACGAAGACACCUGUCUGAAGCACUGCGAGAGCACUGGAGGAUACGGAGGUUUCUGGAGUGGACCUGUGAUGCAGUCGUGCGGAUGCUAUUACAUUGUACAUUGA